AUGGCCUUCCCAACCUUCCCAGCCCCAGGUCUCCCUCAUAAACAGCCCCCUCUCCCACUGCCCCCGAGCUACCUCGAACCCCCCUCCCACCUCACUGCGAGCCUCCCAGUACAAAUCACAUCGCCGCACGCGCUGCGCUUCCCGGCCGCCUGGCGCUGCGGCACCUGCGGCGCCGCAAACGCCGUGCUGGAGCUGAUGAAGGCGAGCCGCGCGGCAGUCUGCGAGUGCGCCAUGCCCUCGCUGCAGGCCGUCUACGACCAGUUCGGCGACAUCUACCUGUACUGGCGCGACGACCCUGCCGUUGCGGACCUGCGGGAUCCCGCCAUGGUCCAGGAGGCACGGCGGCGCGUUUGGGAGGCCGGCGGCGCUUGGUGGGAGGUUGUUGGCGUUGGCUUUGAUUUUGACUCGGGGGUAUGGGGGGUCCCGGGGGAUGCAAGGUCGGCUGGGCGUGGUCGGGGAGGAGAGGGCGAUGAAGGAAUGGAGACGAAGAAGAGGCUGGUCAGGAGGUGGACGGGCGUUUCGCAAUCGAGCGCGGCGAGCGACGAGUCUGAGGGCUCGCUUGAUUCGGGACCGAGGGUGAGGGAAGAGUGA